GGCCCUGGUUACGGAAGCCGAGGAGAGCUGCGCGCGGGCUCUUCCUCGAGGAAGUUAGCUGUGGAAACCCGGGUAGUGGAGGAGAAGAGGCGUCUGCGGCCCAAUGGCGACUGCGGAAGCGAGCGGCAGCGACGGGAAAGGGCAAGGGGGCGAGACCUCCGUCACCUAUUACCGGCUGGAGGAGGUGGCCAAGCGCAACUCCCCGAAGGACCUGUGGCUGGUGAUCCACGGGCGGGUCUACGAUAUCACCCGCUUCCUCAACGAGCACCCUGGUGGGGAAGAGGUUCUGCUGGAACAAGCUGGCGCAGAUGCAAGCGAGAGCUUUGAAGAUGUCGGCCAUUCCUCCGAUGCCAGAGAGAUGCUAAAGCAGUACUACAUUGGUGACGUCCACCCGAGUGACCUUAAACCUGGGAAUGGCAGACAGGACCCUUCGCAAAAGAAUGCAUGCAGACGUUGCUGGACGUAUUGGAUUCUCCCCAUCCUAGGCGCUGUUCUCAUAGGUGUCCUGUAUCGUCACUACACGUCGGAAAGCAGAUCCUCCUGAGGAGACCUUGCUGAAGUCCACUUAGGAGCGAAAACUAGAGGCCUGCUUUGGGGUCUACAGCAGUGCCCUCUCCUCAGAUCCUACCAGUUAUGUUCAUCCUUCUUGGAGCCAAGACGGUCGGGCAGAUACCCACCUCUGGGACCAGAGUCCUUCGUCUCUCAGAGCCUUACACCCACAGCACCUGCUCACUCUGUGUCCUUGCUGGUGUUUCCUCUCUGGUUUCCACACGCACCCUGCCAUUUUUAUUACUUUCUAUUAAUAACUGUGGUUCAUGUGUGAUAGUGACAGUUGCUUUUUGGUAAAAAUGCCUGCUUUCCAAUACUUUGAAUGCACAUUAGACAUUCUUAACAGGACAGUACUCGAGUUUUGAAGUUCUUAUCUUUCCAUUUUUUUUAACCAAAUUUUUUAAAAGUCUGAUUUAAUUUUAUUAUUUAUUCUAAGGAGCAUAAUUCAUGAAGUAAAGGUGCCUACCUAUUAGUGAAAACAGAACUGCCAACUGAUCUCAUUCCUCGUUUAUGUUUGUUAAAACUAGGGAAAAACUCCACCCAAAUCAUUGUAGCAGGCAGCUCUUCCCAUCCCGUGAGUCCAACCCCUUUUCUUUCUGAGUGGUGCUGGACAAAACUAUGCUUCCCUUAAAUGGGAAGAGACAAAGGAAGGGAGGAGUGAAUUGGGAUGCUAAGACUCAAAUGCUUCGGAGGAAUCUUUCUUUCAAAAGACACUGAAAACACUACUCUAGGACAGGAGUUUAGAAAAAGCUCCAGAGCAUUCACUUUGGUUUGGUGCCAGUUUCUAGUCGUUGCUCUCCCUGGGCUGUCUUUUACUGGUAAAAUGUAAACGUAUAAUUAUGUGUAUAGAAUAGCUUUACCAGGGAUUCUUGCUACUUUUUUUGUUUAUUGAUCAGCAGGUUUUUGAUUUCCCAUUUUACAAAAGUAAGAAACUCCAAUUUGGUCUUCUGUUUGUCCCAGUAAAAUAACUUCCAUGCAGAAUGGCAUUUGAAAGAGGGAAAUCGUGACAAGAGAGUAUUUUCCAUUUCAUCUGUAUUUUACCUCCAUGGCUCCAACUUGUGGUUUUGUUCUGUUUUUCCAUCAAGAAUAAAAAAUACUGGUAGUUUUUAUCCCUCAGAUGUGUGUUUCAUUGAGAAAUCGGUUGUGACUUAAAAUUACAAGUGUGUUACUGUUUCUCCCUGGUUCAGGGCUUCUCUGGCGUAUUUGACUUUGUUUUUCCCCUUGGAAGCACCUGAGGGGAUAAUUCGCUGGCUAUUUUCUGCCAGCAACUGUGGCGAUUGCCAGUCUGCGCUGAGCCUUUGUCAUAUCCAGCAGAGAGCAGCUUGGUUCCAGAAGGACCCUGCCUGCUGCUCAGUAUCUCCUCCCUCUCGCCCUCCCAUCUUGCCAGGGAGUUGAUGAGAUAGGAAACUGCCCAGCAAACCAGUGUCUGCCCAUGCAAACUAUUUAAGAAAAAGUUCAACCCAGGUCUUGUAUUCUGUGAUUUAGCAGUUGAAUGAAUUUAGAAUUCAUCAAAAUAAUAUUAACCUUGUACUUGCACACUUGGAUAUGAUAUUUUUGGAAUAACUUGAGAUUUCUGGCUGACUUUUUUAUGUCAAGGAUAUGGAUUUAGUCAAAGUUUUUUUCUUUAGAGAAUGUUUGUAUGUAUCUUAGAUGCUGAUUUAGGACAAUUUAUCUUGGUUAUUUAACAAAAGAGGCCUGACUUGAUGCUCCUUCCUUUGAAGGCGAGAGAGCGUUGCCCUAAAUAAAGAUGGAGACAGCAUUGCUGUAAUCAUCACCUUGCACGGGUCCAUGGAGUAUGGUAGGACAGAGGUAAAGAAGAACACAGAAAUAUCCAGGAGCUGGAAGGGGGACUAAGCCAGAAGGGACCUUGAGUCAGCUGUAGAAGUGUGUGACAGUCUCUAAAACUGAAUCCAGAGCAUCAUGCUGAUAGAAGAUGUCAAAGAGCUGUAGUCUUCAGUGAAAUUGAUGUUUCUGAUGUUUUAGGGUAAACUCUGGUGCAAAAGGUAUGUUUUUCUAUUUCAUAUUGAUUUUCUUUUCCUGUUUAUAUCUUGGCAUGUUUUUAUUGAGAGCCAGAGAAAAAAGAUUUUCAGACUCUGUACUGUUCAUGAAAUCCAUCAGAUACACAGAGCUUCUUUUGAAUACUGCCAAUGUGAUGUCACUUUGUAUUAUAAAAAACACGUAGGGAUUCAUGUACUCUGAUUCUGCUACCUACAUAAACAGGCAGGUGUGAGAGGUACAUUUGUGUGAGAGUUUGCAGAGGUUUUCCUGAACAAUAAAGUAAUACAGUGUGCUUGCCAAAUCCAUCAGAAAGGACUUUUGUUUAAGAAGUGGCUGGAAUUCUAGAAAUGGUCUUGACAUUACUGGGUCAUGAAACCCCUCUUGGGAGCCAGUGAGGUCCCUGUGGCUGACCGGACCCCCUGGGGCUGGUCUCUGGGGUUCAGUUGGUGGUGGUUUAUUCCUGGGGAAGACUGGUUGCUACUGCUGCACGCCAUGGUGUAUGCAUCAUGGCUGAUGAGCACUAAGGGAAGUUUUGUGCCAUCAAAGUAGAUGGCGUUAGUGCCCAUUUCCCAGCGUGUCCCUAGCUCCUGACUGAGGAAUUGAUUUUGGUUUCCAGACGACUUGCACAUCUUUAAAGAUAAGACUGUGAUACCGGCAAAGUUCAUCUUGUAUUUAGAUCUCUUCAUGUGACCUCUUAAGCAGAAACAAAAAUCCACUGGAACUUGUAAUUUCUUCUAGCAGCCAUCAGAAAUGCAUGUUUUGUGAAAUAAAUACAUUGUUGAAUUUGUAUUCUUUUAGUUCCAGUGCAGAGUAAUGAAAAACGCCUAUAACAGACCAGGUAUAUCAUCAUGAUAUCUCAUACUUAAAAUCGUAAGUGAUAUCUGUCUGCUUUCAUCCCAUUUGAGGAGACUGGAAUGCUGAGUAUUAGCAUUGAUUACCUCUUACCCGCAGAGAAAUGGAUUCAGACAUCUCUGGUCCCAAAAAGAAAUCUUUUUUUUUUUUUAACUUACACUGUUGCCAAAUAUCACAGAGUAAUGGGGAAUUUAGUUGCAUUUGACUGUCGUGCUCUGAAAGAGCUGGGUUUGGAAUUUGUGGGGAUAACUAGCACAAAGGUUCUGCAGAAGCACAGAUGUGUUUGUCCAGUUAACGACUCUAGACCCAGCGUCUUACCCGAAGUGUAGUAGCUGCUCUUCGCUCACACCUACACAUUUUGCUAUUUCAGCAAAACAUUUGGACUGUUUAACUUCAUUUUUACUUCACCCUCAGCUACGAAAGAGUAUUAUUAACAUUCCUUUUCUGUAUUCAGUAAUGGAGUUUGUUUACCUAUUUUAUUUCAGCAUAUUUUGAACAAAGAUCUUUGUCUCUUUCUGCCGGAAUGUGCACACAGUGAAUGUUUGUUAGAACUACACACAAUAAAGAUACUGUUUUCCGUUU